AUAUCAGAGUGAGGGAGAGCUUCAUGUGAAAGUCUCUGCCCGGUCAGUCUGUAGUGUUAAUGUUUAUUAAAGAUGGAAACUCAUUAAAGUUUUAUUUUAACUUUGAACAGAAAAAUAACUGGAGUUAGAGGAGAGGAGACUUCAGGGGACAUGGUUCAGGACGAAGACUAACUUUGGUGAUGUACCUGAAGUGAUGGAGACGCUCUGAGGGAGGCAGUCCUCACCCCUCCUCCUCCUCCUCCUUCUUCUCCUCCUCCUCCUCCUCCUCCUUCUUCUCCUCCUCCUCCUCCUCCUCCUCCUCCUCCUCAAAGACUGCAGAGAUGUUCUCUCUCGGUCAGGAGAACAUCCCCACCUCUCCAACCUCCACCAAAGGGCCGGUGAAGUAUGGAGAGCUCAUCGUGCUGGGGUGUAACGGCUCUCUGCCCAGUGGAGACAAGGGGAGGAGGAAAAGUCGCUUCGCUCUGUGUCGCAGAAACAAAGCCAACGGAGUGAAAGCGAGCACCGUCCACUCCUCCUGCACGCCUCAGGCGGCGAAGGCGAUCAGCAACAAGGAGCAGCACAGUAUUUCCUACACCCUGUCCCGGGCUCAGACGGUGGUGGUGGAGUACACACAUGACUACAACACCGACAUGUUCCAGAUCGGUCGAUCCACUGAGACUCCCAUCGACUUCGUGGUGACGGACACGGUCCCCGGUGGUCAGAACCAGGCUGACGGUCCGGCGGUCCAGAGCACCAUCUCACGCUUCGCCUGCCGCAUCAUCUGCCAAAGAAACCCUCCGUACUCUGCGCGGAUCUACGCCGCCGGCUUCGACUCCUCCAAGAACAUCUUCCUCGGGGAGAAGGCGGCCAAGUGGAGGAUGCAGGACGGUCAGAUGGAUGGACUGACCACCAACGGGGUUCUGGUGAUGCACCCGCACCAAGGCUUCAACCAGGACUCCAAACCGGGUCUGUGGAGGGAGAUCUCGGUCUGUGGGAACGUGUUCACACUGAGGGAGACCAGGUCCUCUCAGCAGCGGGGAAAGAUGGUGGACUCCGAGUCCAACAAGCUGGUGGACGGCUCGCUCAUCGACCUGUGCGGCGCCACCCUGCUGUGGAGGACGGCUGAAGGCCUGUCUGACACUCCCACCGUCAAACACCUGGAGGCGCUGCGUCAGGAGCUGAACGCCGGGCGCCCGCAGUGUCCCGUGGGCUUCAACACGCUCGCCUUCCCCAGCCUCCGCCGCAAAGACGUCCUGGACGAGAAGCAGCCGUGGGCCUACCUGCGCUGCGGACACGUGCACGGCUACCACGCCUGGGGGGGGCGCCGCAAUCCGGAGGUGGAGGCCGAGUGCCAGGAGAGGGAGUGCCCCAUGUGCAGGACCAGGGGCCCCUACGUGCCGCUGUGGCUGGGCUGCGAGGCCGGGUUCUACGUGGACGCCGAGCCGCCCACGCACGCCUUCGUCCCCUGCGGUCACGUCUGCUCGAAGAAGACGACGGCCUACUGGAGUGAGAUCCCGCUGCCGCACGGCACGCACACGCUCCACGCCGCCUGCCCGUUCUGCAUCCAGCUGCUGAACGGGGAGUCUGGAUUCGUCAGACUCAUCUUCCAGAGCCCGCUGGACUAAAACCUCCCAGACCUCUUACAACCUACCAGAGAGUGAUGAACUCUAAGCUUUGGACUUUUAUAAUUUAACUUCUGUAACUUAAUUUAACUUAUAACUUUGAGCACUGUAGAUACUUUGACGGGUGAUUCCUGACACUAUGUUAAAGUGGAACUCCUUAUUUAUUCUCGGACCUUUAAGAUGAUGUUUCUGUGAAUCAGUGCAGGAUGUAACAUCUGUAUUAUCCCCAGAUGUUCCCACAGCUCAUGUCUGUCUCACCGUGCCUUAUGGAGACUUUAAAGGGGAGCUCUGGUGUUUUGAAACCUUUUGUUAUCUCAAGGCGUAAUCAAUGUUGUAGAUUUCUUCAUUAUAAGCCUUAUGGAGGACCAAACUCAGCCCUGCAAGGGUCAAGAGUUAGUCCAGAAUCCAAACAGGGUCCAAACAGUGUCGUGAGUCUCCAGGGAAGAAAUUAAACUCAUCAUGUAUUCAGAUUUUGUUUUUAAAAGCUGUAACUGUCCUUUCAAAUCUCUGUUUGACCUUUCUCUCUGGGUUCAGUGACGUUCCUCUGUAACUGUUUGUUUCCUCAAUAACUGUAUCGCCUGGUUUUCAUACACACUUUGUACAAUAACACAACAAAAUACACUUCUUGGGACACA